CUUCUUCAAUAAAGAAACAGAAUUCCUUCCAAUGUCUAAUCCAGCUGCGUGUUACAGAUAACACCAGGAAGUCUGCUUUACAGUAUCAAAUUCCAUCACAUGGCAACAUGAAGGUGUGGAUCAAGCUCUUAUAUUCAGCCUUCUUCGCAUGUAUGUCUGCACAGACCCCAUCUCCAGUGUCCUCGGCCAGAGGUUCUUGUGAUUCUGUUUGCAACUGUGAGGACAAAGAUGGCACCAUGCUGAUCAAUUGUGAAGACAAAGGCAUAAAGCAAGUAUCCCAAGUCAGGGUGCCACCAUCACGACCUUUCCACCUGAGUUUAUUAAAUAAUGACGUGACAAUGCUUCACAAAAAUGACUUUGCUGGGCUUACCAACGCUCUCUCCAUACACCUUGGAUUUAACAACAUCGCAGAUAUUGAGAUUGGUGCAUUUAACGGCCUGGGCCUUCUUAAGCAACUUCAUAUCAACCACAACUCUUUAGAAAUUCUUAAGGAGGACACCUUCCAUGGACUGGAAAAUCUUGAAUUUCUACAAGCGGAUAACAAUUUUAUCACCGUGAUCGAACCAAGUGCCUUUAGCAAACUCAACAGACUGAAAGUGUUGAUCUUAAAUGACAAUGCUAUUGAGAGUCUUCCUGCAAACAUUUUUCGAUUUGUUCCCUUAACUCAUCUAGAUCUUCGUGGGAAUCAGUUGCAGACAUUGCCUUAUGUUGGGUUUUUAGAACACAUUGGCCGGAUAUUGGAUCUCCAAUUGGAGGACAAUAAAUGGGCUUGCAAUUGUGACUUGCUUCAGCUAAAGAUUUGGCUGGAAAACAUGCCUCCUCAAUCGAUCGUUGGUGAUGUCGUGUGCAACAGCCCUCCCAUCCUCAGAGGAAGCGUUCUCAGCCGACUGAAAAAGGAGUCUAUCUGUACUACUCCACCAGUUUAUGAAGAACAUGAAGAUCCUUCAGGAUCACUACAUUUGGCAGUAACACCUUCAAUAAAAGACAGCCACAUUUCAACCAAGACCACGUUUCUGUUCAAACCACCCACCAAGGCACCAGCUUUGGUGCUACCUUAUGUUACAAAACCAUCCACCCUACCUCCAGGACCCUACUGUCCUAUCCCUUGCAUUUGUAAAGUAUUAUCCCCACCAGGACUUCUAAUACAUUGUCAAGAGCACAAUAUUGAAAGCUUAUCAGAUCUAAAGCCUCCACCACAGAAUCCUAGAAAGCUUAUUCUAGCAGGAAACAUCAUACACACUGUAAUGAAAUCUGAUCUAGUGGAAUAUUUCAAUUUGGAAAUGCUUCACUUGGGAAACAACCGUAUUGAAAUUCUCGAAGAAGGAUCGUUUAUGAAUCUCACCAGACUACAAAAGCUCUAUUUAAAUGGUAAUCAUCUAACUAAAUUAAAUAGAGGUAUGUUCCUUGGGCUCAACAAUCUGGAGUAUUUAUAUCUUGAAUACAAUGCUAUUAAGGAAAUCCUGCCUGGAACCUUUAACCCAAUGCUUAAACUUAAAGUUCUUUAUUUAAAUAACAACCUCUUACAAGUUUUACCACCACAUAUUUUUUCAGGAAUUCCCCUAACAAGGAUAAAUCUUAAAGCAAACCAGUUUUCUCAUUUACCUGUAAGUAAUAUCUUGGAUGAUCUUGAUUUACUAACCCAGAUUGAACUUGAGGACAACCCCUGGGACUGCUCCUGUGACUUGGUUGGGUUGCAACAAUGGAUACAGAAAAUGAGUAAAAACACAAUCACAGAUGACAUUGUCUGUACAUCCCCAGGGCAUCUUGACAAAAAAGAACUAAAAGCGCUGAAUAGUGAACUUCUUUGCCCAGGUUUAGUAAAUAAUCCGUCCCUUCCAAGUCAGCCAAGUUACAUCAUUGUCACUACGCCCACCACAGCGACAAACACGGGCGAUACCGUGUUCAGAUCUCUUACAGAUGCCGUACCGCUGUCUGUUUUGAUAUUAGGACUGCUGGUUGUGUUCAUAACGAUUGUGUUCUGUGCUGCAGGCAUAGUAGUUCUGGUUCUCCACCGCAGGAGGAAAUGCAAAAAGAAACAAGUGAAUGAGCAACUGCGAGACAGCAGUCCUGUGCGUCUACAAUACAGCAUGUAUGGGCAUAAAACAACUCAUCACAUGACGGAGAGACCCAGUGCGUCUCUCUACGAGCAACACAUGGUAAGCCCGAUGGUUCACGUCUACAGAAGUCCAGCCUUUGGUCCAAAGCAUUUGGAAGAGGAAGAAGAAAGGAACGAAAAGGAGGGAAGUGAUGCAAAACAUCUCCAACGAAGUCUUUUGGAGCGCGAUAACCAUUCACAGCUUAUGGAGGCAAAGAUGAAAUAUAAAACCACAGACCAAUCGCCGGACUUCUUGUCCUUCCAGGAUGCCAGUUCAUUGUACAGGAACAUUUUAGAGAAAGAAAGAGAACUUCAACAACUGGGAAUCACAGAGUACUUAAGGAGAAAUAUCACUCCGCUGCAGCCUGAGAUGGAGGUACCUUAUCCGGGAGGCCAUGACAAGUUAAAAUUAAUGGAGACACUGAUGUACUCUGGGCCCAGGAAGGUGUUGGUGGAACAGACUAAAAAUGAGUAUUUUGAGCUCAAAGCUAACUUACAUGCUGAACCUGACUAUUUAGAGGUCCUGGAGCAACAGACAUAGGCAGAGACAACUUUCACUGAAACGUUGUGAUUCUGUCUUCUGCCCAAACCUUGCAAAUAAGUGCCUUACGGGAGUGUGUCCUCAAUCAGAACUAGAGCACAGCAGGAGUCCUAUUGGUCUAAAACAAAGGGAGAGAAGCUCAGGGAUCAGAGGGAGAAGCCAUUGCAUUAUCUUCAGGCAAAGUAGUC